AAAUGAACUGAGGGCGCAGCUUCUCCCUAAAUCCCUAACCUGCCACACUCCCCUUCACUCUCUCGGUGCGAUCCAUUAGGGUAAACAUGGCGACCACCACCAACGCCGCCCCAGCGCCGCCGCGCCAGCUCUCACAGAAGGAAUCCGACAUCCAGUUGAUGUUGGCAGCCGACGUCCAUCUCGGCACCAAGAACUGCGAUUUCCAGAUGGAGCGCUACAUCUUCAAGCGCCGCAACGAUGGUAUUUACAUUAUAAAUCUUGGGAAGACAUGGGAGAAGCUUCAUCUCGCUGCUAGGGUCAUCGUUGCCAUUGAGAAUCCCCAGGACAUCAUUGUUCAGUCUGCUAGGCCUUAUGGGCAGAGAGCAGUUCUCAAAUUCGCUCAGUACACUGGUGCUCACGCCAUUGCUGGAAGGCAUACCCCCGGUACCUUCACCAAUCAGCUUCAGACUUCCUUCAGCGAGCCUCGCCUUCUCAUUCUCACCGAUCCAAGAACAGAUCACCAGCCCAUUAAGGAAGCUGCUCUUGGAAACAUUCCAACAAUUGCUUUCUGUGAUACUGAUUCCCCAAUGGGACAUGUUGACAUUGGAAUUCCUGCUAACAACAAGGGGAAACACAGCAUAGGUUGUCUCUUUUGGCUUUUGGCUAGGAUGGUGUUGCAGAUGCGUGGUACUAUUCGCCCUGGUCUUAAGUGGGAUGUCAUGGUGGAUUUGUUCUUCUAUAGAGAACCUGAGGAGGCCAAGACGCAAGAGGAGGAUGAAGCUCCUGUACCCGACUAUGCCCUUCCAGAGUACAAUGCCGGUGCUAUUGCUGCUGAUGGCCAGUGGCCAGCCGCAAUUGAUCAACCGUGGGCCGAAAGCGCUGCACCUAUUGCCGCAGCUCCUGGUUGGGCAGCAGCUCCCGAAGCUGUUGCAGGAGCCGGAGACUGGGGUGAAGCUGUUGCUCCUCCACCACCACAACAAAUUCCUACUCCAGUUGAUGUGCCAGCAACCGGCUGGGAUUAAACUAGUGUUUUUUUGAUAGUAUGAUGUUGUUCAAUCUGCAAUUUAUUUUUCCCUUUUUACGUAUCCUCUAAGUAGAAUCUGGAUCAGUUUUGUUGGUAGCAAAGGAACUUUUUCUUUAUUUCUAGUUUGAGAAUACUGUUAACGAGGUGUCAUAAUUUGCUCAAAAUUUAGUUUUAUUGUUUAUGCCGUCAUAAUUCGUGAA